AUGGAUCACAAUUAUAUCAAGUAGAAAUGACUUAUCGCGAAAUUAGUACUGAAGAUUGCUAUGCUUUAGCAAUACUUAAAACAGAAGCAAUUGUUAAUAUUCUUUCAGGCCUUACUUCAGGUCUUAUUUCAGGUCUAACUUCAGUUGUUGGUAAUUUAUUAUCUAAAAGAGGCGGAAGCCCUCAAGCUGUAGGUGCCGUUAAUUAUGCAAAUGAUGUAGAAUGGAUAUCUCAAAUAUCUUUGGGCACACCACAACAAUCAUUUCUUGUGGUCUUUGAUACUGGAAGUGCAGAUCUUUGGGUUCCUUACGUUUAUUGCGAUAACUGUCAAAAUAAAAGGUCAUUUGAUCCCAGUCAAAGUUCUACCUAUCAAGACAUUGGUGAUGAUUUCUCCAUCACUUAUGCGGACGGUUCAAGUUCUUAUGGUUGGAUGGAAAUGGAUACUCUUCAAGUUGGAUACAUGUCUAUUCAAAAUCAGCAAUUUGCCAUGGUAUAUGAUGAGAGUACAGCAUUCCAAAAUGAUGUUAUUGACGGUGUUAUGGGGUGUGGAUAUGAUUCACUUUCAGUAAAUUCAGGCACUAAGACCCCUUUCACAAAUAUGUAUAAUCAAGGUCUAAUUCCUCGACAAAUAUUUUCAGUACAAUUGCGUCCCAAACGAAACCAAACUACUUAUGGUGGAAUAUUCAUUUUUGGAGGCAUCGACUCUCGUUUAUACACGGGUUCUAUAACAUAUACACCUGUAACUUAUCAAUACUUUUGGCAAAUUGGAAUUGAUGCAGUUGUAUAUAAUGGAAAUAAUGUUUUUACAAGCUCAAAGAAUAAACAACAAGUUAUAGUUGAUACCGCAACUGCGUUACUUAUUGUAGGAACAAACGUAGCAAAAACACUGCAUUCAAACAUGAGAGGAAGAUAUGAUUCUUCUUCAGGCACAUGGCAGGUUCCUUGCAAUUUGAAUAGUAAUACAAAAGUGGCAAUUAAGAUUAACGGUGUCUCACUUCAGAUUAAUUAUCAAGAUCUUGUGAGAGAAAGAGUAAGUUCUAUAAGCUCUUGGUGUUAUUCUGGAAUAGCUUCUACUGAUGCCUCGAUCUGGAUUCUUGGAGGUACCUUUAUGAAAAAUUAUUAUGUGAUAUUUGAUCGCGAAGUAAAUCGAGUUGGAUUCGCUACACCUGUUUAUGCUUAUUAA